AUGUUGCUUGAAAAAAUGGAAAAAGAAGAACUAACUAAGGAUCAGUUAUAUAAUGUUGACGAAACAGGUCUAUUUUAUAAAAAUUUGCCUGAAAAAACUUACGUUUUAAGCUCUGAAAAAAAUGCGCCUGGAAUUAAAAGUUAUAAACAAAGAAUAACUGUUCUUCUAGGAACAAAUGCGACAGGUUCGCACAAGUUAAAACCUUUAAUUAUCGGAAAAGCGGCAAAUCCAAGGUGUUUUAAAAAUUUCCAAUUGCCCUUGGAAUAUAAUCAUUCAAAAAAUGCGUGGAUGACGACUGAUAUUUUUAAAAAAUGGUUCCAUCAUUCGUUUGUUCCACAAGUGAAGAAAUUUUUAGCUAGUAAGAACAUAGCUCAAAAAGCAAUUCUUUUAUUAGAUAACGCUCCUUCACAUCCACCAGCAGAGCAGCUUAUCAGCGAAGAUGGAAAAAUAUUUGUUUUGUACAUGCCACCUAAUGUAACACCUCUUAUACAGCCCAUGGAUCAAAACGUGAUUAGAAUCACUAAACUCAAUUACAGAGCUUGUUUGUUAAGUUCUAUUUUGUCAACAACAAAUAACAGCGAUAUUAUUACCGCAAUAAAAAAUAUUAAUCUCAAAGAAGUUGUCAUAAAUCUUACUGCAGCUUGGAAUAAAAUUGAUAAAGAAAUGAUACUGAAGUGCUGGAAAAAUAUUUUAAAGGAAGAUGAAUUUGAUGAUGAAGACGAGAUUCCUUUGAGUAUUUUAAUGAGAGAUGAUUUGGAUAUUAAUGUACGAACUAAAGAAUUAGCACUUUUGCUGAAUACGGCUGAUACGAAUGAAUAUAGUCUUGAAGAUAUUCAGCGUUGGAAUAGAGAUGAAAUUACCGAUAAUGAAAACUAUUCAGUCUCUUCUGAAGAUACUAAUUUAACCGAAAAUGUGAUAGAAACAGUUGAAGCAAAAAUUUCUGAUUAUGAAGCCCUUGAAGCGCUAAAUAAGACUAUACAAUGGGCUGCAGACAACGAUAUCUUUGAACAGGUUCAAUAG